GCAGCAUACUGUCGGUUUACCGCCGCUAGCAUCUCCGUGACUUUUCUCUGUGGAGUUAAACAAGUCAGAGAAAUGUCUUCAGCGCACACAUUUUCAGACAGAGACCCAGACCAACACAAGCGUGUAUCCACAAAGUCAAACCCUGGAUUUCUGGAGCGAUUAAGUGAAACUGCUGGAGGGACAGUUGUGGGCAUCGGACUGUUUUUCCUCUCAAUUUACGUUCUGUUCACCAAUGAGGGACGAGCUCUGCAAACGGCAUCUUCGCUGGAUGAAGGUCUCUCUCAGGUUGUGUCACUGGGGCCGUUUUUAAGCCUCGACCCGCAAAACAACAACCGCUUAGUUCAUUUGUCUGCACAGCUGCGGACCCAACAGCCUCUACAUGACCCCAACUACAGAGUGGUGGUGCAGGCAGUGAAGCUGAAGAGGCAGGUGGAGAUGUAUCAGUGGGUGGAGUACCGGGAGAGCAAGGACUACCAAGAGAACGGAGAAACCAAGACGGAAACGACCUACACCUACAACACCGAGUGGAAGUCGGAGCUGGUCAACAGUCGGAAUUUUGAUAAGGAGAUCGGUCACCAGAACCCGAGUGCGAUGGCGGUUGAGAGUGUGACCGUGGUGGCUCCUGAAGUCCGAGUGGGGCCGUUCAUUCUGUCCAAAGGCCUGGUGGAGCAGAUAGAUAACUUCCAGACGCUGAGUCUGAGGGACUUCUCUGCCUUCAACUUGGAUCCUUAUCUCUCCAUUGAUGACGAUUAUUUCUACCACACUCAGCAGCCGCGCCGGCCAGAGGUUGGAGAUGUGCGCGUGAGAUUCUCCUUCGCUGGACUGAGUGGUGAGACCUCCCAGCUCGGCCCGGCUCAGACAGUCAGUCUUGUGGCCAUGCAGCGAGGGGAGCAGCUGCUGCCCUUUAAAACCAAGUCGGGAGACGUUCUGGAGAUCCUUUAUCUGGAGGAACUUUCUGCAGAGGAGGUGUUUGCGAGGGAGCACCAGCACAACACCAUGAAGACGUGGGGGCUCCGGGCUGCAGGCUGGGCGCUCAUGUUCCUCAGCAUUCAGCUGACCAUGCGCAUCAUCUACACAUUAGUGGACUGGGUUCCCGUUCUCAGGGAGCUGGUGUCCGUCGGCCUGAAGAUCUUCGCCCUGUGCGUCUCCUCGUCGCUGUCGCUUCUCGUCAUCGCGGCAGGUUGGCUUUUUUACCGCCCGCUGAUGGCUGCAGCUCUGGGAGCGCUCGCUCUGCUCCCGGUGCUUCUCGCCCGCUCCAGACUUCCAGCCAAGAAGAACGAGUGACUGUCGAGCUGAUGAGCGGACAGCGUUGUUCACGCCUGGCUGCAGCUGUCGGUCUGAGGUGUGAGAUGGGAUUGUGCAGCCUGGCUUUUUUCACAACAUCCAUCCGUGUGCAUCACAGAAGAAAUGCAUUUGUGUGCAAAAGGCAACCCUGGUGCUGUUGUUUUAUCAUGGACGAGUGGGAGAAUUCUGCUUCUGCAUUCAAAUAUUAUCAGUUGGGGCCUUUUUAGGGGUUCGUCAACGUCUCAUUUUCACUGUAAAUAUGACUCAGCAAAGUUGUUCUGUCGACUCAGUUGAGACGAGGUGGUCGAUACAACGGGCCUGCAGUAAACCACCUGAAGGUUACGUCCUCUUUGUUAGACAGGUGCUCAUUCCACUUUAUGUUGGAGGCAGUUUGUGCUGCUCAGCUCAGCUGUUAUACUGGUAAUAAUUAGUCUGCAUACAAAAAACAGUAACCUACACAAAGACAGGAGUUAUUGCACUGUUGUAUUAGGCUGCAUUAGUCUCAGCGAAGUGGAUCCAACAACUGUGUGACUGUUUAUUUUUUUAUGUAAUCUUCACAUAUUCUUUAUUGGCAGCACUCAAUAUGUGGCAUAGCUUAUUAAAAUUAAUUGUCCAUAAGCUGAAAAAGAUACCAAAGAUUUUGUUUGUAUGCUGAACGAUGGUGAAUAAAGCACUUUUUGUGUUGGUU